AUGGUAGCAAUUGAGAUGUUAGACAAGUUGAAGCUGAAAAGGUUGCCACAUACCACACCCUACAAGGUGUCUUGGUUGAGUAAGGGACAUCAUGUGCUUGUGGAUGAGCAAGCUUGGGUGGAUUUUGAGAUUGGAGACUAUAAGGAUAGAGUCCUUUGUGACAUCUUACCCAUGGAUGCAUGUCAUUUGCUGCUUGGCCGCCCUUGGCAAUUUGAUGUCAAGGCUAUGCAUGACGGUGAGAAGAAUUCCUGCCUCAUCACCAAAGGAGGUAAGGAAUUUCAAAUGGAUCCCUUGGUUGAACAAGGUGAAGAAAGGCAUGUUGGUUCAAGUGUUAUGUUGCUUAGUGGAGAGGAGUUCUUGAAGGUGCUGAAACAUGAAGGGAGUCAAGGUUGUGCAAUCAUAAUGAAACCCAAAGAAGAGGUAAAGGCUACAAACAAACUGGUUGUACCUCAAGAAGUACAAAUUUUGCUAGACCGGUAUAAAGACAUAGUGGUCAAUGAAAUACUAGAUGUGCUACCUCUUUAUAGAUAUGUGAAUCAUCAAAUAGACCUCAUACCUGGUGAAAAUUUACCAAACAAGGCUGCCUACAAGAUGACAUUGACCCAAAAUGAAGAGAUAGCCAAGCAAGUGCAAGAGCUACACUACAAGGGGUUGAUAAAUAAGAGUUUGAGUCCACGUGUAGUACCCACAAUGUUGGCACCUAAAAAGGAUGGGAAGUGGAGGAUGUGCACCGAUUCAUGA